CGCUGGGAUAUUGAAUGGUAUUGGUGUUCUGUGGUUAUUUGUGUGACAGUUUCAUGGGGUGGCUUCCUUGUUUUCUCUCUCAGUGAGUAAAACAAAAAUGGAUUCCGCUGAUACCUCAAUUGCGGAAGCCGGUGAUAAAAAACAUUUGGAGAAUGUAUUAUCUGAAGCGGAGAUUGCUAGUUUACCAGUUUCAAUCGCUGAAAAGAUCAACAUUUAUAUUGACCAAAAAUUUGAAGAAUACUUGACUUCGAAAGCGCUGCAUGAGACCAGCAAAUCACAAAUAGAUGAUAAAAUUGCUAAUACAGAAGCUACAAUUCUUGAAUUAACAGCAAAAUAUGAAGAUGCAACAAGAAAAUUACAAACAGCAGACGAUACAACUACGGAGCUGAAUAAACAAAUUGAAAUUCUAAAUAUUGAACUCGAGAAAGACCGAGAUAAAAUACAACGUUUAGAAAAUGAUAUUAUAUCUCUAAAGAGCUCACGAGAUGCGGCUGUUGAUGAAAGGAAUGACCUAACCCGAAUAUUACAAAGACGUGAUACUGAAAUUGAGAGACUAAUAGCGAAUGAGACAUCUCUGUCGCAACAGCUGUCUGCUGCUAUCGAUGCUAAAUGUGAGGCAUUGGCAUUGAAUGAUGAAAUUCAAAGCAAGGAACUUUCUCUUCAGUAUCGCGAAAAGAGAAUGGAACAAGAAAGAGUUCUGUUAAAUUCUCAAAUUGGUAGUUUAACAGAAGAAGUAAAUAGACUCACUUCCGAAUUACAAACACUGAGAUUAAAUAACACCAGCAGGUUAGUAAGUUUAGAAACGCAAUUAAUGGAAAAAAUUGAAGAAUUAAAUGCUGCUAAUGAUACAAUUUCUCAAUUGAAUGAAGUUAAAAAGAAUUUAAACAAUCGUGCGGAGACUCUUACGCAACGGUUAAUGGAACAGCGCGAAAUAGAAAAUAGGAUGACCGAAAAUUACAAAAAAGAACUUGAUGCUAAAACUAAACUUGCAGAUUUGUUUAAAACAAUGCAUGAUGAUGCUGAAGCGAAAACUAUAGAAAUGACUGAGGGUGUUGCAGAACUGCAGAAAUUGUUGAAUGAAGCUACUGAAAAAUAUGGUGAUCUGGAAACAAAAUACAAACAAGCUGAAAUAGACCAUGAGGAAUUAAUGGAAAAGAAAAAUGAAAUUAUAGGAUCCUUGAAGAAUGAAUUAGAUAACGCAAAUGAUUUAUUGAAAGCUGCUAAUGCUCAAAAUCUUGAUAUGGCUUUAAGCGACUUAGCUCCAUCUGCCGCUACAGCCAGUAAGCUUCUUAAAUCCGGAAUGUCCUUAACACAAAUUUAUUCACAGUUAGUAAAAGUAACUGAUGACUUAGCACAAGAAAAGGAAGAAAACAGGCGUCUUAAUAUUACUAUCAACACAAUUGUUCAAGAGUUAGAAGAAAAGGCACCUCUACUUCAGAAACAAAAAUCUGAAUAUGAAGAGGCUUUAGAGAGUAAUACCGCACUGUCCCAACAAAUAGACUCGUUAGUGAUUGAAUGUAAUAGACUACGAGAUGAUUACAGUGAAUCAGCCAAAAUAGCUAAUCAUUACAGUCGAGAGAAUGGGAAAUUAAAAGGGGAAUUAGCGGAUUUAGGACGGCAAGUUUGUUUCUUACUGAAGGAAAUUGAACAUAGUCGUGGUGCAUCUAUACCAAAUGGAGAUCAUGAUUUAUCUCAUGCAGCUUCCAAUACUACAAAUUCAUCUGAAUUAAGUUCAUCUCGUAUAAUUUCUAAGACAUUAGUUACUUUCACCGAUAUUCAAGAACUACAAGCAAAUAAUCAAAAAUUGUUAAGAAUGGUUCGUGAAUUGACAGAAAAACAAGAAGAAUUUGAGCGUCAUAAAGACCAGUUUGAAAGUGGAGAGAUGCAAAGUAAAAUAGAAUCGUUGAAGAAUCGAGUUACGGAGCUAACUGAAGCUCAAGAAAGACAAACAAAAAUGGUUAAUGGUCUCAUUAGGCAACGCGAUAUGUUCAAAAAGUUAUAUCAUGAUCUUAUGAAAGGUAAACGUCAUGAAUUGCCAUCCGUACUAGAUAUGGGUGACUUAGAAAAAGGAGAUUCAUUUACAGUGGAAUCAUCGCCUGAAAAGCAUCUAAAACCUGGAAAUAUAGAAUCGUCUAAUUUCGAAAUAAAAUAUAAAGAAACAGAAAAACACCUUGAAUUAUUAAAAGAAGAGUAUAAAACAUAUAAAGAAGAAAAAAUGACAAAUGAAAGAAUGCUAUUUGAGCAAAUUGAUAGUAUGAGGCAAGAAAUUGCAAAGCUUACUGCGGCAAAUAGCAAAUGUGCCUCUACUUCAGAGUAUAAUAAUGAACGUCUAAAAAUACUGCAAACUAAUAUAACAACUUAUAAAAAACAAAUAACUUCAUUAGAAGACAAGAACAAAGCUUACAACGCUACGAUUGCUAAACAUGAAGUUUCAUUACAACAUUUAAGAGACGAAGUUCUUAAUGCACAAAGUAAACUUGCUGCUGCAGAAAUUCAAGUGGAAAAUUUGAAGCUGGAAUGUAAAUUACUUAAGGAUGCUGAGUUACGACUUCAAACCGAGAAGGAAAUUUUAAAUAGGGAAAGACAAGGGCAGUCCAUAUUAUUAAAGAAUUUAGAAUUAAUAAAAGCUAGCUUGGAGCGUGUAGAAGCAGAAAAUCGUGCUAAAAUUGAAUCAAGACUUGAUGAAGCCACAAGGGAAUGUUCAGCUUUAAGAAGGAGACUGCAAGAAGAGCAAGAUAGAUUCAGAGAAUUAGCCGCGCAUUUAGAACGGCAGACGGAUACAGCCAAGCUACGCAUGCAAGAAGAAAAGGAUGCAGCUGACUUAAUGAGAAAAGAAGUAGCCGAGUUACGUCAAGAUUUACAUGACAAAAAUAAGGCUAAUGAAGAACUCGCUAAGAAAUUGAAAGUUGCACUUGCCCCUAAUACUGAUGGAUCCUUUGAUACUAUAAAGAAAAUAAAAGAAUUGGAUAACAAAUUAAGUGAUAGGGAUAAAGACAUUCUGUCUCUACAGGAACAAUUGAAAAUAACAAAAGAACAUAUAAAACAAUAUUGUGAUAUAUCAGAGGGCGCCGAAAAAGAAUUACGGAAUCUUAACAGUGAAUAUGAAAUAUAUAAACGCGAAUCUGAACAAAAAUUAAGUGACUACAUGCAAAAAUUACAACAUCUUGAAAAUAAAUGUUCGGAGUUAGAAGCAGAACUUUCUCUUCACGCCAUCGGAGAACAUUCCAAUAGUAACAAUACCCUUAAGAAUGAAUUAAUAAAUGUUAAAGAAGAAUUGAAGUUGGCGUUGACAAAUUUCGAUAAUUGUCGUUUAGAACUGGAAGCUGCUCGUGGAGAAAUUACAAAGCUAUCUGAAUCAGUCCAAAAUGCUGAAGAAAAGUAUACUCAUGAGAUGAUUUUACAUUCUAGUGACAUACAAACUUUGUCACAAGUUAAAGAAGAACUAUCAAAAGCACAAAAUCAAUUAAAUGAGUUAGUUGCUUUAAAGAAUAAUGCAGUGGAAAAGAUGGAAACUGAGAAACAAGCCUGGUCUGAAAGGCAGGUUAUAUUCAUCAAAGAAAAUGAACAGUUAACACAGCGUUUAAAAGACCUUAAUGAUCAAAAUACGUUGCUGCAUGAUCAGAUUCAAGCACUAGGUACUCAGUUAUCCGUUAGCCAUGCAUCUAAAUCACACUCUGAAAGUUUGAAUGAAUCUAAUACUAAUGAAUCUAUGAAUAUAUCUGUUAAUGAAGAUGACGGCAAGUCAUCGGAACAGUUAUUCCAAAUAUUGAAAUUCCUAAGAAAAGAAAAAGACAUUGCUAUGGCCAAAUUUGACAUUUUACAAGCUGAAACUAUGAGACUGAAAUCACAGUUAGAAAUUGCUGAAAAACAACUAGAUGAUACCAAACUUGCUUUGGCAUCUGAAAGAGAACGUUCUGAAGUUACCAUGGUAACAGUCAAUAAACAGUCUGAUAUUCUAAGAAAAGUGGAAACAUUGAAUGCCUUGACAGAUAGUAACAGAAUCUUAAGAGAAGAGCGUGAUGUUUUAUCUGUGCGCGUAGGUGAACUUAGUGCAUCAGUCAAAUUAAUGGAAGACCAACUAACGCCGUUACAAGAAAGAAUUUCUGAUGUGAUAUCUAAAAAUGAGACUUUACAGUCUGAAAAUGUUGCUUUAAAAGCAGAUUGUUCUCGAUGGAGAACAAGGGUAAAUGCCUUAGUAGAACGUGCCAAUAAAACUAGCCCAGAAGACUGGAAACGCCUUCAAAAUGAAAGAGAAACUUUAGCGAAAAUGCUAACAAAUGAAAAAGAAACUGUAAGAAAACUCAAUGAAGAAUUGGGCGCUAUAAAAGUGGAAAAGACAAAGCUAGAAGAGCAAUAUACUUUGUUGUCACGUCAGCAAAAUACACUUAUGGAAGAAAAUGCUAAACAAAGUGAAGAAUUGCAGAUUCUAAAAGAUGAUAUGGCGCGUUUAACCGAAGAAAUAUCGAAACAUAAAUCGGAACUUAAUUCUGCAAACGAAACUGUUGCAAAACUAAAUGAGGAAGUUUUGAAUAAAGAAACUGCAUUAACUGAUAUUAGAAAUAAAGAAAUGCAAAUAAGGAAGAUAGCAAAAAAAUAUAAAACUCAAUAUGAAGAAUUGGUCAGAAAUACUGAAGAAGAAAAAAAGAAGAUUGAAGGACAAGCUGCUGCCGCUGAUAGCGCCUUAGCUGAAAGCGCCAAAAAACUAGAAGAGCAAUUGAAUGACCUUCAAGUCCAAUUAGCAACUGAGAAAGCUAGUAAUGAAAAAUUACAGCAAGAACUGGAAUCUCUUAGAACAGCUAAUUUGGAUAAGGAGGAAAAAGCUAAGCAAGUAUUGAAACAGGCAAAAAGUAAAAUUGUCCAAUUAACAGAACUAAAAAAUUCCUUAAGUCGUGAGUUAGAUGAAUCACGCACUAAAAUUGGAGCUAUUGAACAAGUAGCACAAAGUACGCGUGACGAACAAGACGUCAGGUUGGCUCUGAUAAAGUCACAAUACGAGGGUCGUCUGACUAGGUUGGAAAAAGAGCGCGGCGAAGCUCAGACAGAGAAAUCAAGGGAAAUUGAAGCAUUAAUGCAGAAAGUUAAUAUCCUUCAAAGACAAUUGGCCAACCAAACAUCGGCGUCGAAACAGCAAGUGGCAACCGAGAAGACUACCACAGAUCCUCCUACAGCUAACAUAAAACCAAUGGCAGGUGUAGCCCAACAGAGCGUCUCAGGGAGCCGACGUGGUGGCGAGACACCGCUAGCGUCCAUUCGACCAAUGGCACAAGUGGGGCCUACAGCACCCCAUGAUGCGCACAGCACCGAAUACAUGCCAGCGUCUUCUUCGCGACCAUUACCACGCACUGCUCUGGCGGCCUCUGCGGGUUCUGCAGUUCCCUCCGCGUCAUCUGCAACUACCGCUCCACCUCCAGAAUCUACUCAGGAUAUGGAUACGAGUGAAGCAGGCAUGGGUAGUUCGGGUUCUAGUGACAAUAGUGCCCAACCUUCAUCACAUUCUCAAGCACCACAACAGGCCGUAGCAUUAGUAAUGCCCCGCAUAGAACAGCCGAGCGGGGCUAGUUCGGCGAGUGUGGGAGUGUCUGCUGCAAGCUCCGUCGUAGCACCGAGCAUCACGAGCGCUGCAUCUCCGGCCAACGCUGCGCCUUCACUAGCUGGAGCGUCGAGUGGUCCAGAGCGAGCACAGAGCUCGGCAGGUAGCGGUGCAGCGCUGGUGUCUGGCGGCGUGAGCACGUCGCAGCCGCCGCCCGACGCGCGCCCGCCCAAGCGUCGCCUGCAGCCUCGACCCGUUACCGCGAAGCGGACACGCGUCCAGGGCUUCGAAAGGUCUGUUGAAGUGGAAUAUCAAGUGCCCACGUCGUCCCGUUGCGACCAAGAUGAUGAAGGUGUCAUUGUUGUAGACUCCGAAGAAGAUGACGAAAGAUGUUCGGGCACUAUGUACAGAGAAGGUGAAGAAGAUGAAGAAGACAUGGAUGAGGAACAGGAAGUUGAAGGGGGAGAAGAAGAAGAAGAAGCAGAUGGAGAGGACGGUGAUAAUGCUGCCAACCAAGAGUCUCCGGUGCAGUCCCCGGAGGCGGGCGCGGAGGGCGAGGCGGGCGGCGCGGGGGCGGCGGGGGGCGCGGCCGCCGCAGACGACGCGCAGCCGCCCGCCGCGCACCAGCAGAUAGAGGCCAUCAGCAGCGGCACUGAGCCAAGCGGAGCACUGUCGUUAGGUGGCAAUGGCGGCGACGAUGGCGAUGACAGCAUAGUUCCAUCUACGCCUACACUUUACGUCCCGCGACGGAAUGAUGGGUUCGGCGAGGCGGUGGUGUCGCCGGUGGGCGCGGGCGGCGCGGCGGGCGCUGCGGGCGCGCGGUUCACGUUCGCGGAGGCGGCGGGCGCGGCGGGCGCGGCGGGCGCGGCGGGCGCGGGGGGCGCGGGGGGCGCGGGCGCGGGCGCGGCGGCGCACCACGACACGCACGCGGACCUCGCCGCCGCGCUCCCGCCCUCCGCGCACGCAGACCCACGUACAGAAGGAGUUGAAAGUCGGGACUGGGAAGAAUCUCGUGCUGAAGAAGAGACUACAGCGGUCAGUUCACAGGGAAGCGAGCCUUCUUCUCCUCAGCAUGGGAUAGCGUGGGAGGGUCGUGAAGCGGAGGCGAGCGCGCCGGCGGCGGCGCCCAGACGUACGCCCGCGCCCUCACCCGCGCCCGCUCCCGCUCCCGCGCCCGCCCCCGCGCCAGCGCCAGCCCCGCCCCAGCGCUGGAUGCGCGCCGCAGAUAGUGAAAGCGGUCCACGAGGUCGUGGAAUGCGAUCAAGAGGGCGUCCAUCACGAAGAAAUCAUAAUUAUCAUAUGAGGUAUUAAAUGCUCCCAUAAAUAAGUCAUUUUCCUGUUAUCGACUAUAAUAAUAAACGGUGUAUCGAAUAAAUAAAAAUAAAUGUACUAGAUUUAAUGGACCUAUGUGAUACGUUACAUACAUUUCUGCGUAAUUUAUAAUUAAUAUGUAAUUUUUUUUAUUGAAUUUAUAAGUUCUGCCAACUAAAUUUAAUUUGUAAUUUUUGUUUCUUUAGGAUUCAUUGCUUAAACUUUAUUGAUGUUUAAAGUAGUGAUGAUGAAUAAUAAUUUAAGUGGUCAUAUUUCAAUACCUGACUUGCAUAUUAUUGAUACCAUUAGUGUAGUUAUUAAUUAAUAAGAAAACUGAACUAAAUAUAAUUGAUUCAAUAACGUAUUUCAAAUUAUGUUCGUGCGGAUGUUACAUCAAUUUUCUGUAGGUAACUAUUAUGAUGGUACUACUUACAUUAUAUUUGUGCUCAUGUGUGUAAUAACUUAAUAAGUAAUACUUAUUCUCUGAACAUUUCAUUAUAUUUAAGAAAACAUUUCCAUACAUCUUUGUCUGAAUUGUUUAUGAAACAUAGAAAUAAACCAAAAUUGUCAACUU